GUGUCAUGUGAUUCUCUGAGGGAGCAGCUGCGUGAGUGGAGAUGCUUUCAGUGGUGGAGAAUGGACUGGACCCCCAGGCUGCCAUCCCGGUCAUCAAGAAGAAGCUGGUGGGAUCCGUGAAGGCCUUGCAGAAGCAGUACGUGUCCCUGGACACGGUGGUCACUAGUGAAGACAGAGAUGCCAACACCAUGUGCAGCGCCCUGGAGGCCGUAUUUAUCCAUGGCCUGCACGCCAAGCACAUCCGAGCUGAGGCCGGAGGAAAAAGGAAGAAAAGUGCCCACCAGAAGCCUCUGCCCCAGCCUGUCUUCUGGCCCCUCCUGAAAGCUGUCACCCACAAACACAUCAUCUCAGAGUUGGAGCACCUGACGUUUGUCAACACGGAUGUGGGCCGCUGCCAGGCAUGGCUGCGGCUGGCCCUGAACGAUGGCCUGAUGGAGUGCUACCUGAAGCUGCUGCUGCAGGAGCAGGCCCGCUUGCGUGAGUACUACCAGCCCACCGCCCUGCUCCGGGAUGCUGAGGAGGGCGAGUUCCUCCUUAGCUUCCUGCAGGGCCUCACGUCCUUGUCCUUCGAACUCUCCUACAAGUCUGCCAUCUUAAAUGAGUGGACGCUCACCCCACUGGCCCUGUCUGGGCUUUGCCCGCUUUCUGAGCUGGACCCUCUCUCUACCUCUGGUGCAGAACUACAGCGGAAGGAAUCUCUGGAUUCCAUUUCCCAUUCUUCAGGCUCUGAAGACAUCGAAGUCCAUCACUCGGGCCAUAAGAUAUGGAGGAAUCAGAAGCUGACUGCCUCCUCCCUCAGCCUGGACACGGCCAGUUCAUCCCAGCUGUCCUGCAGCCUAAACUCUGAUAGCUGCUUACUCCAAGAGAAUGGCUCCAAGAGUCCAGACCAUUGCGAGGAGCCCAUGUCCUAUGACUCAGACCUGGGCACAGCAAAUGCUGAGGACUCAGACCGGUCUCUGCAAGAGGUAUUGUUGGAAUUCAGCAAAGCCCAGGUAAACUCUGUGCCAACCAACGGACUGAGCCAAGAAACGGAGAUCCCCACACAACGGGCCUCGCUCUCCCUCCAUGGCCUCAACACCAGCACACACCUGCACUGUGAGGCACCUGCAGAGCCCCUUCCUGCCCAGGCAGCCUCUGGAACUCAAGAUGGUGUCCACGUGCAGGAGCCGCGUCCCCAGGCGCCCAGCCCCCUGGACUUACAGCAGCCUGUAGAGAGCACCUCAGGCCAGCAGCCUUCUAGUACUGUCAGCGAGACAGCCAGAGAAGUGGGCCAAGGGAAUGGCCUGCAGAAGGCCCAGGCUCAUGACGGAGCUGGUCUGAAGCUGGUAGUUUCCUCACCCACCAGUCCGAAAAACAAGAGCUGGAUCUCAGAGGAUGACUUCUACCGGCCUUCCUGGGAGCAACCCCUGGAGAGUGCUUCAGACCACCCAAUAGCUUCUUACAGGGGGACUCCAGAGUCAAGGCCUGGUCUCCACAGGCAUUUUUCUCAAGAACCAAGAAAAAACUGCUCCCUGGGGGCAUUAGACCAAGCAUGUGUACCUUCCCCAGGAAGAAGGCAAGCCCAGGCAGCCCCAUCCCAGGGGCAUAAGAGCUUCCGGGUGGUACACCGGAGGCAGAUGGGACUGUCCAACCCAUUCCAGGGUCUCAUGAAGCUGGGCACCGUGGAGCGGCAGGGGGCAAUGGGCAUCUGGAAGGAGCUCUUCUGCGAGCUCUCCCCGCUGGAGUUCCGCCUCUACCUGAGCAACGAGGAGCACACCCAUGUGGAGAACUGCUCCCUGCUUCGCUGUGAGUCUGUGGGGCCAGCCCAUAGUGACGGGCGCUUUGAGCUGGUCUUCUCUGGCAAGAAGCUGGCCCUGCGCACCUCCUCCCAGGACGAAGCUGAGGACUGGCUGGACCGGGUGCGGGAGGCCCUGCAGAAGGUCCGGCCUCAGCAGGAGGAUGAGUGGGUGAACGUGCAGUACCCAGACCAGCCUGAGGAACCCCCCGAGGCACCCCAGGGCUGCCUCUCUCCCUCAGACCUGCUCUCGGAGCCCGCGGCCCUCCAGGGCACACAGUUUGACUGGUCGUCCGCCCAGGUUCCAGAGCUAGAUGCCAUCAAGGAGUCCCUGCUGUACUUGUACAUGGACAGGACCUGGAUGCCCUAUAUAUUUUCUCUGUCCUUGGAGGCUCUGAAAUGUUUCCGCAUCAGGAACAAUGAGAAGAUGCUGAGUGACAGCCACGGCGUGGAGACCAUCCGGGACAUCCUGCCAGACACCAGCCUUGGGGGCCCAUCCUUCUUCAAAAUCAUCACAGCCAAGGCUGUCCUGAAGCUGCAGGCCGGAAACGCCGAGGAAGCCGCCGUGUGGAGGGAUCUGGUCCGCAAAGUCCUGGCAUCCUACUUGGAGAGCGAGGAGGCGGUGACCCUGGGCGGGAGCCUGGAUGAAAACUGUCAGGAGGUGCUGAAAUUUGCCACCCGGGAGAAUGGCUUCCUGCUGCAGUACCUGGUGGCCAUCCCCAUGGAGAAAGGCCUUGACUCCCAAGGCUGCUUCUGCGCAGCAGCUCCCAAGUUACUAGGAGCUGACUCUGGCCACACCACUCACUCUCCACCCAUCUCCCCGGGCUGCUCCCGGCAGAUUGGCUUCUCCUUUGUACGACCCAAGCUCUGUGCCUUCUCUGGCCUCUAUUACUGUGACAUCUGCCACCAAGACGAUGCCUCAGUGAUUCCGGCCAGGAUCAUCCACAACUGGGACCUCACCAAGCGCCCGAUCUGCAGGCAGGCCCUGAAGUUUCUGACGCAGAUCCGGGCCCAGCCCCUCACCAACCUGCAGAUAGUGAACGCGUCUCUGUAUGAGCAUGUGGAGCGGAUGCACCUCAUUGGGAGGAGCCAGGAGCAGCUGAAGCUCCUGGGGGAUUACCUGGGCCUGUGCUGGAGUGGCGCCCUGAAGGAGCUCAGCAAGAGGCUCAACCACCGGAAUUAUCUCUUGGAGUCUCCGCAUAGGUUCCAUGUUGCUGACCUCCAACAGAUCGCAGAUGAGGUGUAUGAAGGAUUCCUCAAGGCCCUGAUGGAAUUUGCCUCCCAGCAUGUCUACCACUGCAACCUGUGCACCCAGCGCAGCUUCAUCUGCCAGAUCUGCCAGCACCACGACAUCAUCUUCCCCUCUGAGUUUGACACCACAGUCAGGAAACCUGGCAGCGCCGGAGCCGCGCGGUCGAGGAGGGAGCGCGGGACGCCGAGCCCACGCGCGCCUGCCGGGACAAAUGGAGACGAGGCCGGCGAGCGGACGCCCCGAGGUCGGCGAAGGAGCUGUGGCCGGGUCCCCUUCUUAUCCAGCCCGAGAGACUGCGCUCCGGUACUGGUAGUUAACUCUCAAGGAGAAAUUUCACGGUUGAGCACCGAAAAGGAAGUGGUCAUGAAAGGAAGUAUCAACAAUUAUCUUAAAUUGGGUCAAGAAGGGAAGUAUCACGUCUACCACAAUCAAUACUCCACCAAUUCAUUUGCUUUGAAUAAGCACCAGCACAGAGAAGACCAUGAUAAGAGAAGGCAUCUUGCACAUAAGUUCUGUCUGACUCCAGCAGGAGAGUUCAAAUGGAACGGUUCUGUCCAUGGGUCCAAAGUUCUUACCAUAUCUACUCUGAGACUGACUAUCACCCAAUUAGAAAACAACAUCCCUUCAUCCUUUCUUCAUCCCAACCGGGCAUCACAUAGGGCAAACUGGAUCAAGGCAGUUCAGAUGUGUAGCAAACCCAGAGAAUUUGCAUUGGCUUUAGCCAUUUUGGAGUGUGCAGUUAAACCAGUUGUGAUGCUACCAAUAUGGCGAGAAUCUUUAGGACAUACCAGCCCUGCUCUAGGAAGUCUCAGCCCUUCAGAUGGAAGGUGGACAGUUACCCGUUGGCUAAAACUAUUUCAUAGUGCUGAAAACAUGAUGAUCUCCUCUAGUAUACAGCUUUCUCCCUUUGUCUCAUAACCAUGUCCACCAACGAGACUGCUAAUACACGAGCUGCCCAUCUUCACAGAUUUAAGAACAAGGGAAAGGACAGUACAGAAAUGAGGCGUCACAGAAUAGAGGUCAAUGUGGAGCUGAGGAAAGCUAAGAAGGAUGACCAGAUGCUGAAGAGGAGAAAUGUAAGCUCAUUUCCUGAUGAUGCUACUUCUCCGCUGCAGGAAAACUGCAACAACCAGGAGCACUCGCCGUCUUUCCCAGCCUGCUCACCAACCCCAAAACUAACAUUCAGAAGGAAGCUACGUGGACAAUGUCAAACAUCACAGCCAGCCCCAGGACCAGAUACAGCAAGUUGUGAAUCAUGGAUUAGUCCCAUUCCUUGUCAGCGUUCUCUCUAAGGCAGAUUUUAAGACACAAAAGGAAGCUGUGUGGGCGGUGACCAACUAUACCAGUGGCGGAACAGUUGAACAGAUUGUGUACCUUGUUCACUGUGGCAUAAUAGAACCGUUGAUGAACCUCUUACCUGCAAAAGAUACCAAGAUAAUUCUGGUUAUCCUGGAUGCCAUUUCAAAUAUCUUUCAGCUUUGGUUUCUACGAAUUAUUUUAUUAGAAUGUCAGACUCAAAAGGAACUACCAGUAACAUGCCUGAACAUGCUAUAUAUGAUUUAUGCUUGAUCCAUGACACCUGCUGUCACUGGAUCCAGAGUGUGAACAAGGGAAAAGGAAGUGGAUGUGGGCGGGGACAGCACCAGCCCUGGCUGGCCAGACCUCAGGCCCACAGACCUGGUCCGCAUAACCACCAGGAUCCCUACAAUGUACACAUUCCUAAUUCAGGCUCAACUCUCCUUCACCCAAGAGUAAAUGCCUCAGGACUCAAUCUGAAUCACUGUCCGUCUCGGCUUCUUUCACAUCCAUGCUGAAUUUGUACUCCUGGUCACAUCCCGUGUAAGCAUCACUCAUGAGGUACAGAGUGUAGUUGUGGGCACCAGUGGCUGGAGCCACAAAGUCCAACUUCACCUUGGCCUUCUGCUGCAGGAUCAGCCUCUUGAUGGAGAUGAGGCUAUUGGACUUGGUGUCUCCAAUCACCACCCACCAGCCCUCUUCACGUUUCUGCGGGAAGAGAGGCACAAUGACAGGGCCUGUGACUUCCUCCUCUCGCUCCAGCUGCACCAGCACCACCGCUGGCCCACCACUGCGGAUGCUGUCCUUAUCCACCACCUCCUAAGAUGGUUCGAUAUUAGGGUAGCAGUUACAAAAGCGAGCCACAUCUGUAAUCUGGCUAUCAGUCAGCUAAAGAAUUGCGUUCCGUUCUUCAUCCUCCAUCUCCAUGAUGUCGAAAACACUCUUCACUCCCUUGUCUGUGCAACAUUUGAUAUGCUCAGAGGUGAAGUGUGGCAGCUGCUUCAGGUAUGAGUCCUUGGACCACAUGGCUUGGGUGACCAUCUGGGCCAAUUCCAUAGCUGCCAGAGCAGAGCUGAGCCACCCAUUGCUGGAGAGGACAUCCACGCAGGCCUGGACAAGCCGGACUGCCUUACUAAGGAUUUCCUCCGUAUCUGACUGCAACUCAGCACUCAGCUGCAUGUGGGACAGGUGAGCCUGCAGGAGCAGGUUGGUCUUGAUGUGCGGAUCAUUGAACUUAGGGUUAUUCAGCUUGUCGGGGACCUUCUGAGCCAACUGCCUCAGGAAGUUUUCUUCAUGGUGCUGGGAUGGGGAUAUUCUCGUACCCUGCUGCAUUGGAGAUGAUCUCAAUAAGCCCUCGCACCUUGGUCUUGGCGUUGAGGAAGAGGAAGAUCAAAACGUUGUGCCAGAAACUACCUCUGAAGGCUACACCUUCCAAGUUCAGGAUGGGGCUCCUGGGACCUUUAACUUUUAGAUCACGUAGCUGAGGCAUCAAUUUGUUGUGUACUAUGUUUGGUAUUUUGUCUUACUGUUUCUCUACUAAGAACUCUUUCUUAAAUGUGGUUUGUUACUGUAGCACUUUUUACACUGAAACUAUACUUGAACAGUUCCAACUGUACAUACUGUAUGAAGCUAGUCCUCUGACUAGGUUUCUAAUUUCUAUGUGGAAUUUCCUAUCUUGCAGCAUCCUGUAAAUAAACAUUCAAGUCCACCCUU